AUGCGAGAAUUACUCAAUGAUGGCUUUCUGCUAGAGACGUUGGGAGAGGCUCAAGCAAUUGCGAAAAAUAUAGAGGCACUGUUAAACGAUCCUGUGAUAAGUGACAUUAAUUUCUACGCAGUAGGUAGUGGGUUAGAUCCAUACGAUGCGACAAUUCUCAAUAUUCAACGUGAUUACGAUUUGUAUUAUGACGAAUUGAAGGACCUGGUAAAUGCGUGGGAUAUAUACUAG